CGAUUUUACCCAUACUUUAACGGAAUAAUUGACGGAAGUACUAAAAUGGCUAACGGAGGGAUAAUACAGGUACCACUAGACUCCCUAAAAAUUUGUAGGUACCAAAAAGUGCAUUUCGUAAUAGUUCAGGUACCAUAUAAAGAUUUUACCCUUUAAAAUAUUCUAAUUAAAUUCCAACAUAGAAUUGGGUGAAAACCCCAACAAUAUUUCCGGAAAUUCUGAGUAUACCGAUUAGUGCUGCCUUGAUCUUAGCCUCAUAGCUAGGAAGCUCACCACGGUGGCGCGGUUCAAUGUGUAUGCAUGACAAUGAUUUUGGUGCUGUGCGACGUGGAACAAUAUUAUAUAUGUUUUUCUUUUCUUUCCAAACCGUCCACCGCCUAGUGGCUACAGGCUUACAUCUAGAAGCCUGUUCAAUCUCAAAAGUUAUGUUACCAAAUUGAUGAGAACCGAAGGAAGUGCAUGCCAAUGGUAGGGUUAGUGGCGCGAUUUGGCAAAGAUUUAAUUCUCUUUCAGAAUAAAAAAUAGACGCGGCUUCUAGAAGGGCUGACAUGGAUAAAUGAGAAACAAUUUUUUUUUACAUAAAGCAUUGGCAUACAAUGGAUGCUUUUAAUUAGUGGGUCUUGAUUCUGAUGAUGAGGUAGAACCGUAGAAAUGAUGCAUGUGAUUUUUGUGUCAAAAAAGCAUUCAUUAUAAAACCCUUUGCUUCAAAAACUGCAAAAAGAAGCACACCGUUGCCAGAAAAAAAGUAAAAUAAAAUAAAAAAAGCACACCAACCAGGAAAUUCCGGCUCCUAGUUUGGUUUAGUAGUACACCAGCCUCAGCAUCCUCAAUCAAUUUUAUUAACGCCAUGGUGGACCAAUUGGUCUUAUUUCUCACAAAACUAUGAAGACCCCUGUGACCAACAGAGUAUAUUAACGAAUAAUCAAUUAUUAUUUAGGGAAUUAGAGAAACGUUUAGGCCAACACACAGUUUGCACAUCCAUUCCAGUCUAUCUAGCAACAAAUAUCCUACUAGCUCGUAAUUAAUGGGUUCCAUGACACUUCCCAAAGAGCUUCCCAACAUCAAUUUCUCCCUCCAAGACUUGAAGCCUGGCUCAAGCUCCUGGGCUUCCACCUGCAAACAAGUCCGCUAUGCACUCGAAGAAUACGGUUGCUUUGUGGCUUUGUACCAACUAGUUUCCCCACAGCUCAUGGACAAUAUCUUUGGCCAAUCCAGGGAUUUGUUCGAAGUUCCCCUCGAAAACAAAGUCAAGAACACCAGCGAGGAGCCUUACCGUGGCUAUAUCGGACCAAACCCGCUCAUGCCGCUCUAUGAAGGCAUGGCCAUUGACAACGUCACAUCCCCACAAGAAACUCAAAAGUUCAGGGACCUCAUGUGGCCUAAUGGAAAGACCAAAUUCUGUGAAAUCACAGAUCUGUUUGCCAAGUUGCUCGGGGACUUGGAAAACACAGUGGAAAAAAUGAUGUUCGAAAGCUUUGGGGUACCCCAAGAGCAAUAUGAAUCGUUGGCGAGUUCAAACAGUCAUCUUCUUCGUUUUCUCAAGUACAGGACACCAGAAGAGAGCGACACAGUCAUAAGGUUUCCGAGCCACACAGACAAGAACUUCACCACCAUUGUUGUUCAGCAUGAUGUCGGUGGCCUCGAGGUUCAGACUAAGGAUGGUGAUUGGAGUAGUGUCGAGUCUGCACCUUCUCAGUUCCUCUUCAUGGCUGGUGAUGGACUUCAGGUAUGGAGCAAUGACAGAGUGAAAGCUUGCCACCAUCGAGUGAAGCACUGCGGGGACAAGACUCGAUAUUCACUGGGAAUGUUUACGUUUAACAAUGGAGUAUUCCAAGUACCCAAAGAGCUAGUAGACGACAGCCACCCACUCCUCUACAACCAGUUCGACAGUCGUGGCUUCAUAAGAUUUUACACCACAGAGGAGGCCAAGAAGGCAAAGUCACCCAUCGAAGCCUAUUGCGGUGUUAAAAACUAGCUGAUUUGAAUUGGUUCAGCUAGCUAGGAAUCAGGAUCCAUGUUUUGCUUUGCGAUCCAAUAUUUAUGUCCUUUGCUUUGUGGUUUAAAUUAAUUAUAAGUGGUUAGGGUUCAUUGUCUAUGUAAUAUAUAUCAUCAUCUAUUAAUCUAUUAAGAAAUAAGUUAUGUAA